CCAGUGUCACAAGAUCUUUCAUUUUCUUUGCUACACACGUGUUCAGCAACAGCCCAAGCUCAUCUACUCGAUCGAUCCUCCGAACCUGCGAACACGACCGGAGCAUUCUUCUCGAAUUUUUUGAAGAAUAGCAAGCAAGAGCUUUUUGACCAUGUCGCUGUAAACCUACCAAUAUCCCCAUCACACAUCAUGCAGGCACGAACUACGGCCUCCCAUGUGGCCCUCCGGCCUAUGGUGCUGGGCCUGGCUAAAAUUCUCGUCCUCUCGCUCGGUCAGAUACCUUUCGUCCAAGCCGCUCCUCUUCACGCCUCAUACUUGUUCUUCGCGUCCGACGAGCCGGAGGGAAAAGAUCCUGAAGAUCCGUCACUAUGGAUAUAUUUGAGUGUCGCAGCUAUACUGGUCCUGCUGGGAGGUGCCUUUGCUGGCCUAACGAUUGCAUUGAUGGGACAGGAUGAGAUAUACCUUACCGUCAUCCGAGACUCUGGAGAAGGUGCCGAGAAGGUCCAUGCAGACAAGGUGCUCAAGCUCUUGAAGAGAGGAAAGCACUGGGUUCUGGUAACAUUGCUUUUGAGCAAUGUAAUAACCAACGAGACCUUGCCUAUUGUUCUGGAUCGUUCACUUGGAGGAGGAUGGCCGGCUGUUCUGGGUUCAACGGUGCUGAUUGUCAUCUUUGGCGAAAUUGCACCUCAAUCAGUCUGUGUCCGUUAUGGUCUGCCCAUCGGUUCUUGGAUGGCUCCUUUUGUCCUUGGCCUCAUGUACCUGAUGGCACCGGUCGCAUGGCCUACCGCGAAAUUGCUCGACUAUCUGUUGGGUGAAGAUCAUGGAACAACCUAUAAGAAGGCGGGCUUGAAAACACUGGUGUCGCUUCAUCGCAGUCUGGGCGACGCUGGACAGCAGUUGAACGCUGACGAAGUUACCAUCAUCAGUGCCGUCCUGGACUUGAAGGAAAAGCCGAUUGGUAGUAUCAUGACACCAAUGGAGGACGUUUUCACUCUUUCUCUGGACGACGUCCUGGACGAGGCAACCAUGGAUGACAUCCUUUCUCGCGGCUACUCCAGAAUACCGGUCCAUCAUCCGGACAAUGACAACAACUUUGUGGGCAUGUUGCUUGUCAAGAUCCUGAUCACCUACGAUCCCGAAGAUGCCAAACCCGUGCGCGACUUUGCUUUGGCCACACUGCCCGAGACACGCCCGAACACCAGUUGCUUAGACAUUGUCAACUUUUUCCAGGAAGGCAAGUCCCACAUGGUGCUGGUCUCCGAUUUCCCGGGAGAUGAUCAGGGAGCAAUCGGUGUCGUCACUUUGGAAGACGUGAUCGAAGAGCUCAUCGGAGAAGAAAUCGUCGACGAGUCGGAUGUAUUUGUUGAUGUGCACAAGGCCAUCAGACGAGCCAUUCCGGCUCCCUCCCGCCGCAUUCCAAAGACACACCGGGUCGCCGAGCAGCCUGCAACAGCUGCGCCCGCUGAUCUGGUGGACAUCGAUGAAGGUGAAACCCUUGACGCAGCCGAGUUACAGAAAGCCAAAACAGCCGACCCCGCCCAGAAGUCGAAAAUCUUUGCGAAUGUUCGACGCCGGUCAAGUGCUGGGAACAGCCUUGGUGAUGGUAGACCCGGUCAAAAGGCGAGCAGGGCGAGCACCGACGAUGUACUUAAGGAGCAACUCAGACACCUCGGUCAUCUUGGUCCCUCAAAUCUUGCGAGCAGACCCAGAACCACGCGAUACGCCACCGUCAAGAUCAAACCCGGCGCAGCUGGCGCAGAGAACACACCAAAAGAAGCUGGUGCCGACGGUCAAGGUACUGAACUUCGGAGAGCCUCUGAAUCGUUGUCGGAAUAUCAAGGCGGCAUUGGCGAGGGUGUCGUGAAGUCAGGUGGCAAAGAAGCAAGCGAUGCUGUGCUGCAAGCUUUGCAAAAUGGGCACGGAACCACUUCGGGCUCUCCGAACGAGAGACGGCCUGCCAGUAGCAACAAAGGGAUUCAGGCUGACCUCCUUGAAGAGGAUGGUCCAACACAAAACGGCAACGGCGAAGAUCAUACUGAGGAAACAGCUCGGCCUUCAGCAAGGACGUUUGACAGUCAUAGCACAAUUGGCAGCUUGCCUGGGUCACCAUCUCGGUCCAGAAGCCCAUUCUAUCGUUCCAAAGGCCCCGCCAGGAGUGGCAGCAUUACCGAGAAUAUCAUUGAUGCGAACGGAUUCCGCAAGGUUGUCUUGGAGACAACCUCGAGCAGCGAGUCCAAUGAAGACGACAACAGUGGUGCAAACAAGGCGCCCACAACGUAUGUCGACGAGAACAACGACUUGCAUGUCAAAGUUGCCGGAGGACACGACACAGAGCCUUCGCAGGGACAUGGUGAAGCCGCGAAGAAGAAGAAGCGUCGAAGACGCAAGCACCAGGGUAAAGGAGAACGGGAGCCACUGUUGGGAGACAAAUAAACCUGGCAACGACGUUGCGAACAAUACUGUAAUCGACUAUUAAUUAUCUUCGCCCACUCUGCGCCAUGGAUUCCUCCAGUGACGAUAAUCUGUUUGCGGCUGUUGUUCGAUGAGUGCUGUGGACCUGGGUGAAGAUUCAUGUAAUCACAGCGCCCCUACUCUGCUGCUAGGGGUGUGGCAGUAUGGGAGGGGGCAGUCAGGCAGUGAAUAGAGUGAAGA